UGCCAUUCAGAGCUUUAGUAGCUGCUGAACCGUGUCAGGUGUGGAGCUUAACGUGUGAAGAUUUGUGUAACUUUCCGUCGUCGUGCAGGAAAUUCAUGCAUAAUUUUAUUUAUGAUGACUUAAAUGCCAUUAAAGGCGCAGGAUAAAAUGGAUCAUUCAGGAGUGCCCUGUGCCAGUGUGCAGGAGUCCACCUCUAUAAUGAAGAUGGGCCUGUGUAUGGUGUUGGUGGGCCAUUUGAAUUUCCUGUUGGCGGCCCUGGUUCAUGGCACAGUACUGAGGCAUGUCAGCCUCAACACCCAGACACUGGAGUACGCUGUCUCCAACAUUUUGGCUCUAACAGCCGGCCUUGUGGGAAUUUUAGUCGGAAUACUCACUAUAGUCCUUUCUAAAAAUGAGAAGAACCGAGUCCUGACAUGGUGGGUGUGCAUGCUGAGUGCAGUAGGGGGCGUGCUGGCUGCUGCUUCAGUCGUCGGGCUGCUGGUCGCUUUGGUUUGGACGUUAAUUUAUGGCACCAAAGGCCUUCUGCUCCACUGCAACUUACCUGAUGACAUGAGCUACUUCAGCAUCACUUUUGAGUGUCCCUUUGAUCCCACACGCAUUUAUGGUACCACUCUGGUCCUGUGGGUGCCGCUGAUCGUGAUGAGUGUGGUGGAGUUGGUGGUCUCAGGACGCUGCUUUGCCGUGUCCAUCUCUUUCAUCCGCCGCAAAACAAGAAUACACUGCGAGACCAGCUCGGUGAAGACCCUCAGAGCAGCUGUGCCCCCAGUGCUUCCCUGCCGUGUCCCACCACCCCGCAGUUGCCAUAGAGACUGUAAGCUGAUGCGCCCCCCAGAACAGCAUGAGCUGCUGCGAGCGUCACGGCCCUACAGCUCGAGCCGCUCGGCCCAGAACAGAGCAGCCUCGUCUCAAUUCAACAGAGCCUCACUCAACAGGGCCAGCUUCUGGAUCUAAUUAUAAGCCUUUGUAUUACACUGACCAAACUCAGGUCGUUCUUGAACGGAGGUUAGGAAGGAAAUGAAACUGGAAAUGAGUGCAUAUCUACGUGCAAGUUGUGCAUUCCAUAAGAGUUUACUGAUAAUGUGUGCGGUCCAUGUCGGCUGGUUUGAAUUGAAAACGCACCAUUAAAAUGGUUUACUUGAAGGGAGAAAAAUGAAGGAUGGAGAAACUUAGAGUCUGGCAUGCUGCCUGGUAAGUGUGAUCCUGCUUGCUGUAUAUGACUGCGUGUGUGUUUGCACAUGCAUUUAAUAGAGGAGUGAAUUAUGUUGUAUAAUUAAUGGGGGAAAAAAAGUUAUGAUGUUGGUCUCAGCUCCUGUGUCUUUUUUUUUUUUUUAAUAAUUUAAUGGUGUGUUAAAUAAUGUGCAAAAAAUUACAUGCUAAAUAGAUUAAAGUAUUUAUUUUAGAUGAAUAGAUUUUGCUCUUGAUGACUAUUAAUAAACUUUUCAAUAAUG